GGCGCGGCCACUCUGACUCGGGCAGCCUGCAGGGCUGCAGGAAAGGCGAGAGCCGCAGCCGCCAGGAGUCGGGCACAAGCGGAGCGCCGACGGGGCGCGGCAGAAGGCGUGUGGGCGGGCGGCAUCUUGGCCGGCAUCAUGACGGAGGGGUUUGAUUGUGCAAGCUGCAAGGAGACCCUCUACGGGCGCAAGUACAUCCAGGUGGAAGAAGGGCCGUUCUGCAUCCCUUGCUACGACACCCGCUUUGCCAACACCUGUGACGAGUGCAAGGAGCUCAUUGGGCAUGACUGCAGGGAGCUCUACUACGAAGACCGCCACUACCACGAAGGCUGCUUCCGGUGCUUCCGCUGCGACCGCUCCCUGGCCGAUGAGCCCUUCACUUGCCAGGGGGAGGAGCUUCUCUGCAACGACUGCUACUGCCGAGAGUUCUCCUCCCAGUGUGUGGCCUGCCAGCAGAUAGUCAUGCCAGGCUCCCGGAAGCUGGAGUACAAUGGGCAGACGUGGCACGAGCAUUGCUUCCUGUGCAGCAGCUGCCAGCAGCCCAUUGGGGCACACUCCUUCAUCCCCGACCAGCAGGACUACUACUGCGUCCCCUGCUAUGAGAGCAAGUUCGCCCCCCGUUGCACACGCUGCAAGAAGUCGCUGACCAAGGGAGGUGUGACCUACCGGGACGAGCCGUGGCACAAGGAGUGCUUUGUCUGCACCAGCUGCAGGGUGCCCCUGGCUGGGCAACACUUCACCUCCCAGGAUGACCAGCCGUACUGCGUGAAAUGCUUUGGGAACCUCUAUGCCAAGAAGUGCAGCGCGUGCACAAAACCCAUCACGGGGUUCGGUGGGGGCAAAUACGUCUCCUUCGAGGAUCGACACUGGCACCACAACUGCUUCAGCUGCUCCCGCUGCGCCACCUCGCUGGUGGGGAAAGGCUUCAUCCCCGAGAAUGAGGAGAUCCUCUGCCGCGACUGUGCCAGCAGCGACCUCUGAAAUGCCACCAGGCACCUGUCCUGCAGGCUUUGUGUGUGCCCAAGUCCUGUCCUGGAGCAACGGGGCAGGAGGGGACGGGCGGAUGCCCCUCCCCAGGAAGGUUUCAAUCCCUGUUCCCUAUGGCCUGCGUGGUGGCUGAUCUCAGGCUUGCUCACGCCGGCCGUCCCUGUGAUAUAGCACUCCCCCCUCACCACCCACCCUGAGAGCCAGCAAGGCAUUUUGCAGUUCUCCGCAAGUCUGCGAUUAGCGGUCCCGGCUGGAGGGGGGCGGAAUGUCCAAUCUGGAGGGGGCUGUGGGCCAGGCAGGACUUGGCUCAACUUUCAGAGAAGACCCUCUAGAAUCCAAAGCUGCCCCACCUUUUGAGGUUUUGGCAAAAUGAUCCCCCAGCUGGUGAUGCAGACAACUCCUUUUCCCACAGCAAAAGUCAAACCUAGCCGGCUUGCAGGCAGGGGAGGGAGGGUAACAAAAAGGAAAACGCUCCUCCUCCCCCCCCCCAGUGCACACCCAGAGAGAGAGAGAGAGAGGGGGCUGCUGUUGCUUCUCCUUCCACCUGUCUCACUAAGCGAGGCCAGAAACCUGAGGACACCUGGAAGGUUUGGGCCCUUUUGUCUGAGUCACCAACACAACCUCUGUGCUGAAGGGGAAUGCAAAGGGAAAAAAGAGGAGCAGACAGAGAAGACCUCUCGGGCUCCAAACACUGGCCUUUCCACCCAAGGCAAGAGGGCCUCAGCCCAGCAGUGGCUGGGGGGGGCACCCAUGACAGUUCUGCCAUGCCAGGAGAGCAUGCAAAGCUGAACCUCCUGGCCUGAGCAGAGCUCCCAGGGUUUCCUUCCUUUUCUUGGGGGGGGGGUUGUUUCUUUCUUUCCUUUCUCCUGGUGGGGAGACGAAGCGGCGGAUGUCCCCUCCCACCCCUCUGGAGGAAGAUUCUGCAUGUCACCAACCCUCAGAACCUUUGCGGGGGAUCAAGCACCAGCUCUUUCA